AUGGGGGCUGCCGCCGGCCCCACCACAGCGGAGGUCUGCGGCCGGCUCGCUGAGCUUGCGGCCCAGCUGAACACCGCCGACUUGCGGGGCUUACGGGUGCUGCUGCGCUCUGACCUCAACGUGCCGCUGCUGCCCAGCGGCGCCGUCGCGGACGAGGCGCGCAUCGCCGCCUCCCUGCCCGCCAUCAAGCUCCUGCUGUCCAAGGGCGCUCGCGUGGUGAUUUGCUCUCACCUUGGUCGCCCGGACGCCACGUCUCCAGACCAGGACGCCCAGCGGCGCCUCUAUACGCUGGCACCGGUUGCGGCCGUGCUGCGGCGCUUGGUGGGCGCUGCACAGUUUGUGGGGCUGGCACCUGACUGCAUCGGCCCCGAGGCGCGCGCGGCGGUGGAUGGACUCCAGGACGGGCAGGCUGUGCUGCUGGAGAACGUGCGGUUCCACGCCGGAGAGACGUCCAACGACGCUGCCUUUGCUGGCCGGCUUGCCGAGCUGGUGGACGCCUACGUGGGCGACGCCUUUGGCGUGACGCACCGUGACCAGGCCAGCGUCACGUGCGUGCCGUCGCUCCUGCCGCGGCGCUACCCCGGCCCCCUGGUGGCUCUAGAAGUGGCCAAUUACCUGGCCACCAUGGAGCGGCCGCGGCGGCCAUUGGGGGUAGCGAUUGGUGGCGCCAAAGUGAAGGACAAGAUUGGUGUGUUGAGGUCUCUGAUCGGCAAAGCAGACGUGAUUGCGGUCGGGGGCCGCAUGGCGUUCACGUUCCUGGCGGGCCGGGGCGUCAGCGUCGGCGCCACGCAAAUAGAGGACGACUGGGUUGAGCCUGCGCGGGAGAUGAUCAAGGCCGCCGCCGAGCGGGGCGUCCGGCUGCUGCUGCCGGUGGAUGUGCUUGUAUCGCAGUCGCUGGACAAGGCAGAGUCCCCACGCAUCGUGGAGCUGACCACUACCUGCUGCACCCGCGAGGCACCCUGCAUCCCCGCCGGCUGCUUUGGCGUCGACAUCGGCCCAGCAUCGUCGGCCCAGUACCGUUCUGUUCUGGCCGGCUGCAACACGCUGCUGUGGAACGGCCCCAUGGGCAAGUGA